CACAAAUUUGUAUUUUUUAAUUCAAUGUUCUGCAAGUGGAUAAAAAUGUCAGGAUGUUUUCUGAUUCUGCUGCUCCUUCCUUUUCUGGUAAAAGGAAAAAAUGAGGAUCAUAAAAGCCAUGCUUUAUCGGUGGCCUCAAUGGCUCCGCUUCUUGAACUCGAGGCAAAGCUGAUCGACAGUCUCGAAGCCUAUGCUAAUAGACUCGAGGAGAAGUUGCAGGUCUCGCGAAGUCACAUCCCAGUUAUUCGGGCGGAAAACGAAAAGGCACGACUGGAUGCCAUUUAUUAUUUGUCCAUUCCCCUGAAUGGAUUUUCACUCCUCCGCCGGUUGCAUCAGGAUUGGCCUAAAUGGCGAACUUUCAUGAAACAGUCUGUGGGCACAGUGGAGAAGCGAAACUUUGACGGCUGGAAGAAAGAUCUUCCCAAAGCGGAGGAUUUGUCGGAUGCCUGUGCCGGAAUUGUCCGCAUCCAGAAAAUAUAUGACCUUAAAGUUGAGGACAUUGUCAGGGGUGAAUUAGACGGCAGGCAGUAUAAUUCUACUAUGAGUACUGCAGAUAUUUUUGCGGUUGGCCGUUAUCUCGCUGAGGGGAAUAGUUCGAUGGAAGCUGUUCAAUGGCUUCAGGAAGUUCAUCACCGAAUCCAAAAGGAACUUCCGAGUGCACCUGUGCAUCUGGCAAUUGAAGAAGUUAAAGUGCUUAAACUUCUAGCUGAAACCUACGUGAAAAAUAAACACUAUUCAAAGGCAUUACCUUUAGUGGAACAAGGCCUGAUGCUUAGAGCUCAAAGUUCAGAUCUUUUGCGACUCUUUCAAAAAAUAAAGGACCUCAUCGAAACCCAGUCAAAACCUAGCCUUAAAACUAAUAAUAAGAAACUUAAUAGUUCGCUCGCAGAAGCCCAUAGACAGAGUUGCAGGGGCUUGCUGAGGGGCACCACCAGACUCCACUGCUCCUACAACUUCAGCACCACCCACUUCCUUCGACUGGCGCCUCUCAAAGUGGAACAGAUCGGAUGGGAUCCGUAUGUGGUGCUCUACCACAAUGUGCUUUCCCCACUGGAAUCCGCUCAGUUGAUAGAGCUUGCCGCUUUGGAUUUACGGACUAGCGGGGUCCUUCGAUCCACAGGAGUUUCUGCUAAUCGGGCUAGGAGUGUCAAGGCCCGCUGGGUGAUGAAGGAACUGAACGAGCUGACCAGGCGAAUUACCAGAAGAGUUGGUGACAUGACUGGCUUAGACUUGCGCGACUCUGAAAAGUUUCAGAUCAUAAACUACGGUAUUGGGGGACACUACACCACGCACAAGGAUUACUUCAACGCCUCCACCGACUUAAGCGAGAAAUUAGGAGACCGUGUGGCCACAGUGUUGUUUUACUUAACUGACGUUGAGCAGGGUGGGGCCACUGUCUUUCCCAAAUCCGGAUACACCAUAUAUCCCCGAGCCGGAACAGCUCUCUUCUGGUACAAUCUUCACAGGGAUGGAAACGGUGAUAUAUCGACUAUGCAUGCCGCCUGUCCGGUGAUCGUGGGAUCCAAGUGGGUGAUGACUGAAUGGAUUCGGGAGCGGAGUCAGAUAUUUCGCAGGCCAUGCCUAAAGAACUAAAAAUAAAAACCUUUGAAUUCCAUUAAUAAAACUACUGCUGGUCCUUAAA